UUUUAUAAGUUUAGAAAAGCAUCAAAUUUGCUGAUUGUAGUUGAGUUUAUGACCUUAAUCGAGGAUGAACAGAGGCAAAAAUGCCGCGAUAUGAAAAACACGGUUUCUGUUGCAGUAAGAAUUCGGCCACAAAAUGCAAGAGAAAGGGCGGCAGAAGAGAAAAUUUGUAUUUUUAUUUCACAGGAUGAACCACAAAUUACUAUAGGACGUGAUAAAUCCUUCACUUAUGACUUUGUUUUCUCUGACCAGUCAACCCAAGAGGGUGUUUACAAUCAAUGCAUUCAUAAUUUGCUAGUUGGUGCUUUUGAUGGUUAUAAUGCAACAGUUUUGGCUUAUGGCCAGACUGGAAGCGGCAAAACCUACACAAUGGGGACUUGUUUUGAUGUAAAUCAAUUCAAUUUGGAUACAAACUUAACUGCCGGAAUCAUCCCUCGAGCAGCUAGACACCUUUUUGAAGGUGUUGAAGAAAGACGGCUUGAGGCUAAAACAAGUGGUGCUGUUGAGCCAACUUUUGAAUUAAAUGUCCAGUUUAUUGAGCUUUAUAACGAAGAAAUAGUUGAUUUGCUGUCCGACGACCGUUCUCGCAACACAGUCAUUAGAAUUCAAGAAGAUCCCGUUCGUAAUGAAAUUGGCCUUAAAGGGGCUACUUGGCAGUCUGUGAAGAGCGCUUUGGAUAUAAUGUCAGCAUUAAAAGCUGGGGCUUUGAAUAGAACCACAGCUGCGACGAAUAUGAAUCAACAAUCGAGUAGAUCGCAUGCGAUAUUUACUAUUAGAUUGAAACAAACUAGAGUGGUGCCAAUGGAAGAGAACGAGCUCGCUCUCGGGAACGUAAUCUCUGCUUUGGGCAGUGGAAAGGUCACUCAUGUUCCCUAUCGUGAUUCCAAACUCACCCGGUUGUUGCAAGACUCGCUUGGAGGGAACAGUCGGACGUUAAUGAUUGCGUGUGCUAGUCCUUGUGAUGUUGACUUUAUUGAGACUUUGAAUACUCUAAAUUAUGCUAAUCGGGCCAAAAAUAUUAAAAAUAAGAUUGUCGCUAAUCAGGACAAGUCUUCCAAAUUAAUAACUGAUCUCCGUACUCGUAUAUCUAUUCUUGAAUCUCAACUAUUGGAAUAUCAACAAGGAAAACGUGUAUUAAAUGAAGAUGGGGAGGAGUUGUUAAAUGAUCAAUACACAGAGAAUCUCUAUUUAAAGAAUGAAAACACUCGCUUGUCAACUCGCCUAAAGGCCUUGGACGAAAAAAACAAUAUUUUAAAUUCUAGAAUUAUUGAGCUGACAAAAGAGCGUGAAUUGAGUAAAUUUAGGGGAGCGCUAGAAAAUAAGGAAAAUGACGGAUCGAGUUCUAACGAGGAAAAUCAGUUAUCUUCUAUAAUUCAAGGGUAUUUGCAAGAGAUUGAGACGUUAAAGUCCAAUAUAAUCGAAUAUGAGGUGACUAAUGAAACGCUUCGCAAACAAAAUCAACGCUUUCGGGACGGGAUGAAUAGCAGCUUGUAUGGCUCUCCGUAUGUUCAUCAACCUCAAUCAGCUAACCUUACUGAGAGUUUGAUAAAUCAGGCGAGGGAGGAAAUUGAAAUGGAUAAAAAGGCGUUGAAUGAAGCUGAAGCUAAAAGCAUUAACCAAGUCGAUAAAGAACAAAAUUUUCUGGAGGCUGUUUACGAAGAAGAGAAUACUGAUGAUGAAGAGGAGGAUGAAGACGGAGAUACUGAUCCGGCAGAACAGAGGAGUUUAGAACGUCGCGACCAAAUUCAUUCCGAUUUGGCCAAACUCCAUGAAGAUAUAAGCAUAAAAGAACGUCUUGUGGUCGAGUUGGAAAUGAGUCAGCGCAGAUUGGAACAAUUACGACGCGAUUUUGAAAAUAAAAUGGAGGAGCUUUGUAAGAGGAUUCAGUCUACAGAGGCUGAACGUGACAACGUUCUUGAACAGAUGACAGCGAAGAAACAGACCAAACAACAGAAGGAGGAGAUUAACAAGGUUAAAGAGCAGUACGAGAAGCGUCUUUCUGACAUGCGCCUUGAACAUAAGAGAAUAGAAGUGGCUGAGCGUGAAAAUAAAAAGAUGCAGGCGCAACAAAAUAGGCAUCAAAUGGAAGUUGUUCGGAUGAAAAACGACUUGGAAAGUAUGAAAAGACAAAAAGUUGAAUUGAUGAGGAGGUUGAAGGAGGAAAACAAAAGGAUUCGUGAAAUACAAGUUGCGAAUGCGCAGAAAGUGGCUACUUAUGAAAAGACUCAGAGACAGCAACAAAAUAAAAUACAAAAGUUGGAAAGGGAAUCUGCACUCAAAUCGGAAAAUUUGAGACGAAAGGCUGAGGAAGUUCAGCGACUGAAGGAUUCUCAAAAGGCUCUUCAAGCUCGUCGCCAGACCAUUUAUGAAAGCAAACGUGCUGUCAGAUCACCCAACACUCCUCAACAAGGUCAACUCCCAUCAAGUUCUGAUAUGGACACAACAUAUAUAGUUGAGAAUGAAUCCUCUGUGAAUAACGAGAAUAUUUGUUAUACUCCAACUAACAAUUAUGUCAGAACCCCAAAGUAUAAACAGACACCUAUUCGUACUAAACGUCAAUGGAAUGCUAUUGAACGGGCGAUUGAAGGCUUUACGGUCAAAAGAAAUGCGAUUGUACGCGAAGAGCACGCGUUGGAUCGUAUGUGCAGUGAACGUAGAAACCUCCAAGACGAGCUGUUACGUCUUCAGAGCAAUUAUUCUUCAAUAACGGAUCCUUCUAUUCGCUGUUUAGUGUUAGAACAGCAAUCAAGUAUACAGCAAAAACUUGAUUAUGUCCAGGAGGAAAUUUUAAGAGCUCAGAAGGCAAUUGUGGAUUUGGAUGAUGAGCAGGUGUUAAAUGAUUUUUAG